GCAGACACUGAUGAUUAUCAACCACCUAUAUGGAAGUCUUACUUGUACCAGCUACAGCAGGAAGCCCCAAGACCAAAGAGGGUCACGUGUCCUCAGGAGAUGGAGAGCAGACCCAAGUACUACGGCAGAGAAUUUCAUGGAAUGAUCCCUCGAGAUCAUGCAGACGACUUGCUGGCAAGGACAGAAGGUGCUUACCUCAUCAGGGAGAGCCAGAGACAGCCAGGGACGUACACCUUGGCCUUAAGGUUUGGACCCCAGACCCUCAACUACAGGCUGUUUUAUGAUGGGAAGCAUUUUGUCGGGGAGAAGAGGUUUGAGUCUGUCCAUGACUUGGUGACUGACGCCCUCAUCACUCUUUACAUUGAGACCAAGGCCGCCGAGUACAUAGCCAAAAUGACCACCAAUCCAAUCUACGAGCAUCUCGGCUACACGUCGCUGCUCAAAGACAAAACGGUGCAUCGACUGAGCCGAGGACGCACAGAGCCACGCAGGGUCACCUUCCAGAAGGACGAACGGAUCUCCUCACCUCUAGUGCGGCAGAGUGCCUUGAAAGACGCUCCUGAGAGGCAGAGUUCCUAUGAAAAGAUCCACAACUUUAAGGUGCACACGUUUCGAGGGCCGCAUUGGUGCGAGUACUGUGCCAACUUCAUGUGGGGCCUCAUUGCACAAGGUGUCCGCUGCUCAGAUUGCGGCCUGAAUGUCCACAAGCAGUGCUCCAAACUGGUUCCCAGCGACUGCCAACCAGACCUGCGCAGGAUAAAGAAAGUAUACAGCUGUGACCUCACCACACUCGUCAAAGCUCACAACACCGCGCGACCCAUGGUGGUGGACAUGUGCAUCCGAGAGAUAGAACUGAGAGGGAUGAAAUCAGAAGGUCUGUACAGAGUGUCAGGCUUCUCAGAGCACAUCGAGGAUGUGAGGCUUUCUUUUGAUCGAGAUGGUGAGAAGGCGGAUAUCAGUGCCAGUGCCUAUGCAGACAUCAACAUAAUUGCUGGUGCUUUGAAGCUCUACUUGAGAGACCUUCCAAUUCCAGUCAUUACGUUUGACUUGUACUCCAAAUUUAUUCAAGCUGCAAAAAUUCCUAACGCUGAAUCCAGACUGGAGGCCAUCCACGAAGAGCUGCUGCAGCUUCCCCCGGCACACUACGAAACCCUGCGUUACCUGAUGGCUCACCUCAAGAGGGUAACAAUGUGUGAAAAGGACAAUUUAAUGAAUGCAGAAAACUUGGGGAUUGUGUUUGGCCCGACUCUUAUGCAGCCCCCGGAGCAGAACGCCUUGAUCACCCUCAACGACAUGAGGCAACAGAAACUGGUGGUCCAGCUCAUGAUCGAGCAUGAGGAUGUCUUAUUCUGAGGACAAGUGUCGUGAGAGAAGUGACAGACAAUUAUUUAUUCUGUGGAAGAGGACAUUGAAGCCACGUCUUUUGAAGUGAAGACUCCAAAAAGUUUGUGAUGAAGCUGAACUACAUUACGUUUUAGCAUGACCGUUUUCGUUGAAGUUGGUUUGAUUUUGUCUUGUUACUGUACGUCGUUGCAAUCUCAGCCAUCAUCAUCGUUUUUAUAGGAAAGACUGGUGUGAUUUUAGCUCUCAGUAGUUGGAGAACUGUAACUACCUGGUGUAGAUGCAGUCAGGAUGGCAGUCAGCGAAGGCCUGGUGCUGUGUGAAAUAAAAACUCCACAUUUUUGUGGGAUUAAAAGUUGAACGAUACAAUCUGCAUCCUUUUACUGUAGAUAAAACAUGACUGUAUAAUGAACAAUUCUUACUGUGUGUAUUUAAAUAAAGAGAAAUAA